GCAUGUGUUCUAAAGUGUCCCCUGUCCGCUCGCUGCUGCUACAGAGUGUGAUUGUUGCCACUUUCUUAAAGUGAGUGAAAACAGUGAGAAGUUUGAGAUAUUAAAUCACGGAGCGUGUUGGGGAGUGUUCUGCAACUACACGACAGAGAAUUUCCUGCUGAACCUGUGGCCUUCGCGCACAAAGGAGAAGGCGCUCGAUUGCAGCAAAAGAAAUCCAUCUGUGUGUCAAACAUCAGCCCAUUCUGUUUGGUCCUUCGUGUUGGUCCCGCCGACCUGAUAAGCCCCCGAGUGCUGUGUGCGGAGUCGUGAACUGUAACAACUCGAAUCGAUCAGUAAACUACUACCAUGGGUAAGGCACAGAGUAAGCGUUCCGUCGACAUAACUACAGACCCGGCCAAGGAUGGCGUAGUGACGGAGGGUGCCGGAAAGCUGGAGAAGAUUGAAGAUGUGGACCAAUUGAAGGCACAAGUGAACGGAGACGCUCAGCACACCGACGGCGAAAAUGAAAAGAAGGUUGAGAGCGAUGCGGCCGAAAAUGAAAAGGACUCCAGCACAGAGAAAGCCGCCCACAAAGAGGGUGGCGAUGGUAGUGGUGGUGGUGGCGGCGGCGGUGAUACGAGCGUAGCCGCCGCCGCUGCUGCUGCAGCCCCAGCAUCGUCUCCAGCGGCAGCGUCGGAGAAGGAAGGCGGCGAGAACGUUGAUCCGAACAAAACGCUAGAAAAUGGUAGCAACGAUGAGUCGCUGCUGAACGACAGCAAACCGGCGGCAGACGAGGCCAGCAAGAAGGCGAAGAAGCCCAAGAAGAAGUGGUCCUUCCGCAGUUUGUCGUUCAACAAGAAGGACAAACAGAAACCGGCCAAAAAGGAGAAGGACGAGGAACGCGUGAACGGCGAGUGCGAGAAAGUUCCUGAAGAGCCCACCGAGGAUGCUGCCGCUGUCGCCGUGGCUCCGGAAGCCACAGCAGCGCCCACCGCUGCUGCUGGCACCAGUGAAACGAAGCCCGAAUCAUCCGCCCCCGUAGAAGUGGCCGCCGCUCCCGCCGAUACCACCAAAGUGGCGGAACCGGCGAUCGAGGCCGUCACCGUUGCUGCCCAGCAAACCGCCGCCGUCGCCGCCGCUGCACCGCCAUCGGCUGCUCCUGCUGCUGUUGUUGUGGCAGUCCCGACCACCACCACCACCACACCGGAGGAGACGCCCACCGUUGUCGUCGAGAACGGCCAACCGAAGGAGGAAUCGGUGGAACAGGCAGUUGUGGCCGCCGCCACCCCGGAGGAGGCUCCGAAGGUUGAGGAAAAGGAACCGGAAGUUGUCGCCGCCGCCGCCGCCGUCGUUGUCGCUGCAGCGGAAGAGAAAGUCACGGAGGAGGAGCCGGUCGUUGAGGUAAACACUGCUACUUCCACUCCGGCUACCGAAGCCGCCCCGCCGCACGCGGUCGAGGUAGUGGACGUCGUCCAACCACCACCCCAAGUGGCAGCGGAUUCCGCUGCCGCCGUCGCGGCUACUUCUACUCUCCCUUCCACUACUACCACUCCACCGGUCGUUAGCGAGUCCGAGCAGGCACAGGUCGUAGCGACGAUGGUCGAGGCAGGGCCCGAAAGUGGUGACAGUACCCCUCCACCCCCUCUGCCCUCCAUUCCUCCGCCCUCGCAGGUGAUGGUGUUCGUUGAGGCUUCGAUGUCGUCACAGGUCGUUGAGGAGGAUUCGCUGGUGGGUUCCGCUGCGGUGGUCCCACCGCCGCAGCAGGAGAAGGGUGAUCAGAGCGCAAAGGCCGGGGAGGGUGAAGUUCAGCAGGAGGCGCCUGCGGCAGCGGUGGUGGCCGUUGAGGCACCGCCGCCGUCCGCCGGAGGGUCGGAUCUGAGUAGUUCCGUUGAGGUAGCGCAGGGCACAGUCACCGUCGGGGAGGUUGGUUCUUCACCAUCAUCGGCUCUUGCCGAGGUCGUGAAGCAGGCAGAGGAGGAGCAGGUCGCUGUGGUGGAGCAUCAUCCCACUGUUCCGGAGGUAGCCGAGGAGGAGCCACCGAAGAUCGAGGAGAUCAAGGAGACCGUCACCAAAGCGGUUGGCGAAAUUCUGGAGCAAGCGGUGGACAAGAUUGAGAGCGCGGAGACAACGUUGCCAGAAGCUGCUCCGGCUGCGGCUGCUAUCGAUGAGAUCAGUAACAAUAUAGACGAUCUGCCGCCACCACCGCCACCGCCGGCCGUGGACGACGACGAACCGGUGCCCGAUUCCCUACCGUCGCCGCUGCCCACCAUCGCUGCUGCUGUGCCGGCCGACGAGCUGCGGUUGGACAACAGUGUGCUGUCGGUGGACAUCUCGUCCCCGCUGCCCCAGAACAGCCUCGAGUCGCUCCCGUCGCCACCAACCCUGUCCCAGAGUGACGUCAGUCUUCCGCCGCCACCCGAAUCUCCGACCAAUGACAGUUGUACCGUCGUCGCCGCCGCCACCGCUGCCGUUCCACUUCCGCCACCAGCAGCAGCACUAUCAUCUGCGAGUGACGAGGCCACACUCUCCUCUAACACCACCACCACCAGUGCUUCCAUCCCGUCCUCCCUUCCGGCAGUUGUAGCAGAGCUAGAGACGCACGAAGUAGUGGCGGCGGCGGUGGCGGUGGAUACUGAUGUGGCCACGAGCAGUAGUUUGCCGAAGGAAGACGACGCCGUGAGCACAGUGCCGGCAGAUGUGAAGGAUGCCCCACAGCAACAGCAACAGCAGCAGGAGCAACAGCAGCAGGAGCAGAAGUCGGUGGUAGAGGAGGAACCGCCGAAAAAGUCGGUGGUGGUGCCCGCGGCGGCGCCGGCUGAAGUUGAGGAAACGGUCGCGCAAAAGCACAACGGAACGGUUGAGAACGGAACUAGUAGCAACAAUGGCACGACCGAGAAUGGUUCAACCGAAAACGGAACUACCGAGCACGGCCAGAAUGGAGUUCACGAAAAAGCCGCUACCGAAAGCCUCAAUGGAGACGCCGAGCAUAAAAAGGAGGACAAAAUUCCAGAAAAAGCGGCCCAACUCCAUCAGCAACCACCCGCCGCAGCACCAGAAGUAACGACUGAGUAAAGAGCACCGUUUGCUGGAACAACCCGACAGCAGCAUCUAUUGAUUAUUAAUUAAUUAUAAUUCGUAAUAAUAAUUAUAAUUAUAAACAAGAGAAGAAAACAGAUAACAGCGCGGCGCGGCGCUCUUCACGCAAAACGAAUAAAAAAAAUGGAUUAGAUUAGAGAAAAGAACUGGAGAAAAGAGCAGCACGGAAAAGAUUAAGCGCGCGCGAGAGUUUGGGGAGUAAGAAUUAGGCAACAAACAGCAGCAAACGAAUGCGCAAAGGAGAACCGAGAAAACCAAGGUCUUCGUUUUUGAGAACUGCACACACAACAAACAAACAAACAAGGAAAUUGAGUUUGGCUCUCCUCCCAUCCGAACACACACUACUAUUUGUCCAUUGAUAUUUUUUUAACCACUCGAUUUAGUAGAAACCGCCCCCCGCCAGCCACACGGCCAAACAGGAUAUUGUUACUGUAACGAAAAGCAGCGAAAGUGAAACAAAAACGGGCUUUUGUGAGAGUG